UCCACAACCAAGCCUUAGGGUAGGGAGUUACUGGCUGUGAGAGUGUGCACAUCAUGCAAGUGCCAGUUUCUUGCAGUAUUAUCAUCUCAACUGUCAAAAACAACCGUUAAAGCUGUAUGGGCAUGGCUCUUGCCUUGUCUUAUUUCCAUUUCAGAACCCACUGCUCCUUUUCCUCUGCCUUUUCUUCCCCUACUAUCCGCCCAGCUGUUAUUCUUCCAGGUUUAGGGAACAACACUGCAGACUAUCAGAAGUUGGAAGUGACACUGAAGGAAUAUGGGGUGCCUACGGUUGUUGCUAAGGUGUCAAGAUUUGACUGGUUCAGGAAUGCCGCUGGUUUGGUAGACCCCAAUUACUGGCGUGGAACUCUCCAACCUAGGCCCGUUCUUGAUUGGUAUAUGAAGAGGAUUCAAGAAGCAGUCAAUGAGGCAAAGGAGUUGGCACAAGGUGGAACUUUGUCCUUGAUCGGCCACUCGGCAGGAGGGUGGCUUGCACGCGUCUACAUGGAAGAAUUCGGGCUGUCUGAUAUCUCUUUGCUAUUGACGCUUGGUACACCCCACUUGCCACCUCCAAAAGGAGUGCCGGGGGUUAUUGAUCAAACAAGGGGUCUCCUUUAUUAUGUUGAGGAACAUUGUGCAAAAGCUGUUUAUAAUCCUCAGUUGAAAUAUGUAUGUAUUGCAGGGAGGUAUAUUCAAGGGGCUCGUUUUUUUGGGAAGGCAAAUGCUGAAGUUAGUACUGCUGUUCCUGACCAACCGACUGGGGAGGCUGUUCUCGUGAAUGACAGGAGCAAUUCAACAUCUAACUUUCGUGCUCGCUUUGUCGGGCAAGGAUAUAAACAGGUAUGCGGGCAGGCAGAUGUAUGGGGAGAUGGAGUGGUGCCAGAGGUGUCUGCACAUCUUGAAGGUGCACUCAACAUUAGCUUGGAUGGAGUCUAUCACUCACCAGUUGGUUCAGAUGAUGAGCAGAGACCAUGGUAUGGUUCUCCUGCCAUUGUAGAGAAAUGGAUACAUCAUCUCCUCAACUGAAGUUAUUGGACACAUUAAGAAUUGGAAGAUUGAUAAAUUGCAUUCAUAAGCAAACAAGUUGCAUACAGAAUUCUUUUGAAGUCUAAUUCAUUAAAACAAUUUUUUUUUUCUUUGACAACUGCUAUUAUAUUUCUUCCUCUGCAACUCUCCCUGUUUGUUUAUUUGUGUAUGCAAAUGCAGUCCAAAGCAUUAUCAGAAAUAUUCAUUUUGAUACUUCA